AAUGUUUCAGCUGGAAAUGGGGAGUGAGUGAAGUAAACCUACAGAUUUUGCCCCUCUCAUACUCACUUCCACAUGGAACUCUUGAAGUGACAUGAGAACAGGCAAGCUGGAAGACUGUGUGGUAGAAGAGCUUGCAGCCUAUGAUUAGUCAACCAUGUUCUAGGAAUAAGAGCCCUUAGGGGACAGUCUUGCCAAUCCCAAAGCUGAAACACAAGGUGCCUGAACAGGACCCCUCUGAGCUGACAGUGGGACAAACAGGUUCCAAGGGAUUAUUUGAUGAGAAGAAACUGUGCUGAUCCUCAUCUACUAAGGCAGCGGUAACGCAGGAUCUGGGUGGUAACAAGUCCUCAUCUCUGCUGAUAAUCACACUAUCUCUUGCCCACAGUACAUCUUUGUCUGAGGAACUUGGGAGAAAAUUAGAGCGAAACAGAUUUACUGGGCCGCAGGGUCUAAUUUACUGUAUUCACAGUCAGGGCGGCGCUGGACAGCUCCGCGGCAAGGCAAGGCAAGGCAAGGCAAGGCAAGGCGCCCAUGUUCCGGAGGCGGCGCAGAUGUGACGUGAUGCCCGUUGUUUUGGUCGGCCCGACCAAUGGGACGCGCCGCCCGGAUUCUACGGGAGCCGGGAUGGGCCCGUCGUGGCGGCAGCAGGACGCUCCCCUGCCGACCGUCACGCAUUGCGCAGGGUGCACCACCGCCCGGUCCUGCGGCGGCUUUAACGGCCCCGGCAUGGAGGCGCCGCGGCACUUCCCGCCGGGCUUCGGCCCCGAGCAGCAGCAGCAGCAGCAGCAGCAGCAGCGCCCGCCGGCGGAUAAGGCGAGCCUCCAGCAGCAGCAGCAGCAGCAGCAGCAGCAGCAGCAGCAGCAGAGCCCGUGCCUCCAGUGCAACAACUGCGCCUACUACGGGGCUGCUGCGGCAGCCGCCGCCGGGGACCAGCUGCCGCUGCUGCUCCGCGCCUCGUCGCCCCUCGCCCUCCGCACGCAACCGUCGCCGCUGUCGUCCGCCGCCUCGUCCCGGCAGGGCAGCCAGCUGAACGUCAGCGAGCUCACGCCGUCCAGCCAUGGCAGGCAGCCGCACCAGUUCGCCCAAUACCACCAGUGCCACAGCCUGCAGCAGCAGCAGGCAGCCAGCCCCAGCAGCAGUGUCAGCAGCGGCAGCACCCACCUGCACCACCUCCACCACCACCACCAUCAUCACCACCACCAGCAGCAGCAGCGCCGGGAGAGCAACCCCUUCACCGAAAUAGCCAUGAGCAGCUGCAGGUACAACGGCGGCGUCAUGCGGCCGCUCAGCAACCUGAGCUCGUCCCGCAGGAACCUCCACGAGAUGGACUCCGAAGCGCAGCCGCUGCAGCCGCCGCUCCCCAGCCCCGCCGCCGCCUCCUCCUCGGCCGCCCCCGAGAUCGUGGUGUCCAAGCCCGAGCACAACAACUCCAACAACCUGGCCCUGUACGGCCCCGCCGGCCCCGGCCCCGGCCCGGGCGGCCCCAACAACGGCGGCAGCAAGCCCAGCAAGAAGAAGAACCAGAACAUCGGCUACAAGCUGGGGCACCGCCGCGCGCUCUUUGAGAAGCGCAAGCGCCUCAGCGACUACGCGCUCAUCUUUGGCAUGUUCGGCAUCGUGGUCAUGGUCAUCGAGACCGAGCUGUCCUGGGGCGCCUACACCAAGGAGUCGCUGUAUUCCCUCGCUCUGAAAUGCCUUAUUAGCCUCUCCACCAUCAUCCUGCUUGGGCUCAUCAUCGUGUACCAUGCGCGGGAGAUCCAGUUGUUCAUGGUGGACAAUGGAGCAGAUGACUGGAGAAUAGCCAUGACUUAUGAGCGUAUUUUCUUUAUCUGCUUGGAAAUACUGGUGUGUGCUAUACAUCCCAUACCUGGGAACUAUACAUUCACAUGGACAGCCCGGCUCGCCUUUUCUUACGCUCCAUCCACAACAACAGCUGAUGUGGAUAUUAUUUUAUCUAUACCAAUGUUCUUAAGACUGUAUCUUAUUGCCAGAGUUAUGCUUUUGCAUAGCAAACUUUUCACUGAUGCCUCAUCUAGAAGCAUUGGAGCAUUAAAUAAGAUAAACUUCAAUACCCGUUUUGUUAUGAAGACUCUAAUGACAAUAUGUCCAGGAACUGUACUGUUGGUAUUUAGUAUCUCAUUAUGGAUAAUUGCUGCAUGGACUGUCCGAGCUUGUGAAAGGUACCACGAUCAACAGGAUGUUACUAGCAACUUCCUUGGAGCAAUGUGGUUGAUUUCAAUAACUUUUCUAUCCAUUGGAUAUGGUGACAUGGUACCUAAUACAUACUGUGGGAAAGGAGUCUGUUUACUCACUGGAAUCAUGGGUGCUGGGUGCACUGCACUGGUGGUAGCUGUGGUGGCAAGGAAGUUAGAACUUACCAAAGCUGAAAAACAUGUGCAUAAUUUCAUGAUGGACACCCAGCUAACUAAAAGAGUGAAAAAUGCAGCGGCCAAUGUACUCAGGGAAACAUGGUUAAUUUAUAAAAACACAAAGCUGGUUAAAAAGAUAGACCAUGCGAAAGUAAGGAAACAUCAACGCAAAUUCUUGCAAGCUAUUCAUCAAGCUCGGAAAUUAAGAAGUGUAAAAAUGGAACAAAGGAAACUGAAUGAUCAAGCCAACACAUUGGUGGACCUGGCAAAGACUCAAAACAUCAUGUAUGACAUGAUUUCUGACUUAAAUGAAAGAAGUGAAGAUUUUGAGAAGAGAAUUGUUACUCUGGAAACUAAACUGGAAACUUUAAUUGGUAGUAUUCAAGCUCUACCUGGACUGAUUAGCCAGACAAUCAGCCAGCAACAGAGGGAUUUCCUCGAGGCUCAGAUACAAAAUUAUGAUAAGCAUGUUGCCUACAGUGCUGAACGAUCACGAUCUUUGUCAAGAAGAAGGAGAUCCUCAUCCACAGCACCACCAACUUCAUCAGAGAGUAGCUAGAAGAGAAUAAGUUAACCACAAAAUAAAGACUUCUUGCCAUCAUAUGGUCAAUAUUUUAGCUUUUAUUGUAAAGCCCUAUGGUUCUAACCAGUGUUAUCUGGGUUCUGAUGUCAGAAUCCUGGAAACCUGAACACAAUGUUUUAGGCCAAAAUGAGUGAAAACUCUUUUUUUUUUCCCCCAUCCACCUCUCAGAUGCACAGUGAAUGCACCUAUUACUGCUAUAUUAGAUUGUUCCUCCUGUAAUUUCACUAACUUUUUAUUCAUGCACUUCAAACAAACUUUACUACUACAAUAUAUAAUAUAAUAAAAAUGUUAAUUUCUGCACAUAGUUGCUUGGUUACUUGGACUUUAAAAGUUUUUUUUAAAAGCUCACAAUCAAAAGGCCUAAUUGUAAACAUUUAAGAAACAAAAUUGAAGCUUAAUCAUUAUCCCUCAGUAUGAAAACCAAUUCACUAAACUUUGCUUGCAGUGGAGGGGGAAAAAAAUCAGUGUUCAUCUAACAGUGUGCUGAAUAACGUAUAGUCAUUUUAGAAGGUCACUGACAGCUUCAGUUUCUGAAGGGAUUACUUAAAAACAUAGCUUAUCCUAGAAAAUGAGUUAAGAAGUAUGCUAUGGGUUUUUUAAGAUCUUCUUAGGGCUUUUGUUUAACACGCAUUUGUACACACGCACAUAGAUAAUACAUAUACAUAUAUAUAUAUGUAUAUAAAGUUAUUUAUGCCAUGCCCAUGGCAAAGAUCUUUUAAACUGACUAUUUGUAAAGCUGCUGAUGUGCAAAAAGCACAGGAAGGGUCCUGUUCAUUUAUUUGGAGUCUCAUAAUUACUCCGGGUAAGUAUGUCAAGACAGAAGCAUCACUUUCAAGCUGGAAGUCUCCCAUUAAUGCUACUUAGGUUUUGGAAAUAUUGGGUUGCUCCUAACUCUCUCUGCUUCCUUUUUUUGUACUUAAUGUUUCUGGAGUGAAUAACUGACACACAGAGUUGGAGUGUACAAGCUUGUGUGAUGGCAGCACAACGUCCUGUAUACAUUAUGUUUAGAUAAUCCCUGUGGUUUCUGCUAUGCCGUCAAGUUUAGCAAGAAAGUUUUAACAAUAUUUCCAAAAAAUUGUAGUAAACCUGCUGUAGACCGGAGUUAUGUGAGUGGGGUAUCCGUACUAUUUUACUUCCGUGCGGAGAUAAUAAGGUCUUUCUUGAGAAACCAAAGCAUAGUGUACAUGUUUGUGAAAAAGUUCUGGCUGACUUUUCUCCUUGUUUAUAUUCCAGAGUAGCAAACCUAGGUAAGCUUAAAUGCUCAGCACAUGCAACUUGCAUUCUUGAUUUCUAUUUAUAAGCAGGAAGUUAUAAGACUCCAUAAAAUAUUUUAUCAUAUUUGAUAUUUAUAAAAUAUACUAGCCCUGCGCCCUCCCCUCUUAAUUUACAGUGAAAGGUGACACAAUAGCUAAGUAUAACAAGUAGGUAUGGCUAACUGUUUCCAAGGAGUACUACAUCUGUCUAGAUGUAACUAAUGUGCAUGUUGAAGGAAAUGAUGAUAAUCUACAGAAGUUUGUGAGUUCUGGUCAGUAGCAGUAGCCAGGGAGGACAGUAGUAGAGAAAGUCAGGGCAGCGUGGUGCUAGAUAAGGCAGGGGAGUGGUUCGCUGCAAGCUCCCGAGAUUCCCCAAGCCAGGUACAGAAUCUGAAAAACAGCAGACACUUUGGGCCUAUUUAUAAUAAAUGGUUUGCCUUUUUUUUUUUUUUUCUUCUUUUUUUUUGGUACAAAAUAUAAUAGAUAGAUGUAAGUUACAUACAGUGGCAUUGCUUGUUUAUAAAAAGCUCACGUGUUUCUCCAGCACUUUUAUGUCUUUGAGAAAGAUGAUGACUUUGCAGUAUUUCCCCCCUGGAUGAGCAGCACAGUUGCAUACCUUUAGAGUGCCUUCCUUAUAGACUGUGGUAUUUUGUGACUGGAAAUAAUAAGCUGUAUGUGCAGUAUUUGCAGUUCUGCUUUGGGGAUUUUUCUGUUUUUGUGAUGUUCAUCUCUCUCAGUUACCAAAGGACAAAAAAAAAAAAAAAAAGGGGAUAUUAUAUAGUGCUAAUACUUUGCUAGUCCUAAACUGGGUGAGAUUUUGAAGGGUCAUGAGCCCACCUUCUUCAUCCUGUUGGUAGAAUUAGAAGUAGUGAUUAAUAAUACUGGAAUUUAGUAGUCAAGUUGUAGAAUUCUUCCUUGAAUAUUUUUCUUUUUCUCAUUCUCCCAUUUUUUGUGUUUAAUUUAAGAAUGUUUUUCUGUCAUUGAAAGUGAAAUAUGUGUGCUGUAGUUUAAAUGCAUCCUUCUUUGUCUUGUCAGUGUGAACUAGCUCUUUUCUUGCUUACAACAUCUUUUUUAUAUUUUAAACUGUUUUUUUCCCUUUUUCUCCUCUGGGUUGUACAGUGGGAUUUUAAAAGAACUGUAGUUCCAUAUUGAAAAUUCUUGCCAAUCAUUCAGAGUUAAGUUUGACUUAAGAUCUGUCUGCAAGUAUUGAGCUGGUUUAUUCUGAUGUGAGAGACCUACUGUCAUCUUUGACCUCUCAGUUUUGUGUUACCCAUUAGGACACAGGAGACCAAAC